UCCAGGCUAACAUUGUUGGUGGUGUUAAUGCUGGUUCCUAAAUAGACGAAAUUAUCUACAACUUCAAAGUUAUGACUGUCAACAGUGACGUGAGUGCCAAGUCGCGAGUGCGACGACUGUUUGUUUGAUGACAGGAGAUAUUUCGUCGUGCCUCGCUCAUUGCCAGACCCAUUUACGUUGCUUCCUUGUUCAGUCUGGAGAAAGCAGAACUAACGGCGCGGGUGUUGAGACCGAUGAUAUCAAUAUCAUCGGCAUACGCCAGCAGCUGUACACUCUUAUAAAAGAUUGUAACUGCUCGAUUAAGUUCUGCAGCUCGAAUAAUUUUCUCCAGCAGCAGAUUGAAGAAGUCGCACGAUAGGGAUUCGCCUUGUCUGAAACCUCGUUUGGUAUCGAACGGCUCGGAGAGGUCCUUCCCGAUCCUGACGGAGCUUUUGGUAUUGCUCAACGUCAGUUUACACAGCCGUUGAUUGCCAGGUCUAAAGCCACACUGAUAAGGUCCAAUCGGUUUGUUGACGCUGGGCUUUAAUCUUUUACACAAUACGCUCGAUAGAACCUUAUAUGAGAUAUUAAGGAGGAUAAUCCCACGGUAGUUGGCGUAGAUUGUGAGGUCUCCUUUUUAUGGAUUGGGCAUAGAACACUUAAAUUACUAUCGUUGGGCAUGCUUUCGUCCGACCAUAUUUUACAAAGUAGCUGAUGCAUGCUCCUUAUCAGUUCUUCGCCGCCGUGCUUGAAUAGCUCGGCCGGCAAUCCGCCGGCCCCUGCCGCUUUGUUGUUCUUCAGGCGGGCAAUUGCUGUUCGAACUUCUUCAUGGUGGGGUAGUGGAACGUCUACUCCAUCGUCAUCGAUUGCGGAAUCGGGUUCGCCUUCUCCUGCCGUUGUGCGUUCACUGCCAUUCAGCAGGCUCGAGAAGUGUUCCCUCCAUAGUUUAAGUAUGCUCUGGGCAUCGGUGACUAGAUUCUCUUUGGGGGUUCUACAAGAGUAUGCUCCGGUCUUGAAACCUUCUGUAAGUCGCCGCAUCUUUUCGUAGAAUUUUCGAGCACUAUCUUUGUCGGCCAGCUUAUCAAGCUCUUCGUACUCACGCAUUUUAGCCUCUUUCUCUUUCCGUCUGCAAAUGCGUCUCGCUUCCCUCUUCAACUCCCGGUAUCUAUCCCAUCCCGCACGUGUUGUGAUCGAUCGUAACGUUGCGAGGAAGGCAGCCUGUUUUCUCUCCGCUGCGACACAGCACUCCUCGUCGUACCAGCUGUUCUUUCGCACUUUCCGAAACUAAUGGUUUCGGUUGCAGCUGUACGUAAGGAGUUUGAAAUGCCGUCCCACAGUUCCCUUAUACCGAGUUGUUGACGAGUGCUCUCAGAGAACAGCAAUGCAAGCCGAGUGGAAAAUCUUUCGGCUGUCUGUUGUGAUUGCAGCUUCUCGACGUCGAACCUUCCUUGUGUUUGUUGGCGUGCGUUUUUUGCUGCACAGAGGCAGGUGCGAAUAUUGGCUGCAACAAUAUAGUGGUCCGAGUCGAUGUUAGGACCUCGGAGCGCACGCACAUCUAAAACACUGGAGUCGUGUCUUCCGUCUAUCACAACAUGCUCGAUCUGAUUGGUGGGUUUUCGAACCGGAGACAGCCAGGUAGCUUGAUGUAUCUUCUUAUGCUGGAAUCUAGUACUACAGAUAACCAUAUUUCGGGCCCCGGCGAAGUCGAUCAGCCUCAACCCAUUUGGAGAUGUUUCCUCGUGGAUGCUAAAUUUACCGACCGUAGUGCCCACCCUGGCGUUGAAGUCGCCAAGCACGAUUUUGACAUCGUGGCGGGGGCAUCUCUCAUAAGUGCGCUCCAAGCAUUCAUAAAAGGCAUCUUUGGUCACAUCGUCCUUCUCUUCCGUCGGGGCGUCUGUGCAAAUCAGCGAUAUGUUGAAGAACCUCGCUUUGAUGCGGAUUGUGGCUAGACGUUCAUUCACCGGAGUGAAUGAUAGUACUCGGCGACGGAGUCUCUCUCCCACCACGAAUGCCACACCAAACUUGCGCUCCUUUAUAUGGCCACUGUAGUGAAAGCUACAAGGACCUACUUGUAACUGUCCUUGUCCCGUCCAUUGCAUUUUUUGGCCGGUGGUGAUGUCAGCCUUUAUUUUUAUGAGGACAUGAAAGAGCUGGACAGCGGCAACUUCCCAAUUAAUGUACCGGACAUUCCAGGUGCAUGCCCUCAAAUCAUAGUCCUUAAUUCGGUUGGCAUGGUAGUCUCAUCUGAGACUGUUGGUGGUUUUUCAUUGGGGGUGUUUUUUUACGUGGCGGGUCCCAAACCCAGCGCACAACCCUAUGCAGGGGAUUUUUCGCCUCCCAAGUGAAUGGCGAUCAGAGAACUUUCCUCACUUCCGUGAACUUCUACACAUGACUCCAUCCUCCAGCAUUGUGUUACUUUCUUAAAAUUUAUGGAGAAAUUGUCCCAAAAAUAUUAGUUAUAUAUAAAAUUUUAAUAUAUUUUCAAAAGAAAAUCGUUUCAUUUUAUUAUAUGUUGGAGAACUUACUUUAUCGCAGGGAGCCGGAAUAAAUAAAAGACUUUGUUGACGCCGCCCCCGCCCAAUUUGUUUUGCCACGUCUGUAUCGACAGAGCAAUCUUUUCUUUUCUUCUUUUUCGAAGUUUAAUUCGCGCGCAACUAAACUCUAACUAAAAAGUUGCGCGCUCUCUCCUUUUGCGACAACGCUGCGAUACAGACGUAGGUAAGUGUGGUUCUAAUUUGUUUAUAAUUAAAUAUAAGUAUUAUAUGAAACUUUUUGGUUUUUUUAUUUAAUACUCCUGUGGAAUCAUUUGCGCCGACCGUUUCUCCACGGCCAACCACAUUUUGGAACGAGCGAGCACCGUGCUCCACCACCCGAAUUAUCAUUGGUCCUUCGAGCCGGAUAACAGGUAACAAGUGAAUUUUAUUUAAAGUGAAAGUGCAUAAUUUGCCCGCUUUAGCAACUCGCAAGUUACAGCCAAACAUUUUUUGGAUUUGUGCUCUGCAAGCUAUAAGGCAAUAGAUUGGUUAAUUUGUGCAUCAUUUAUGUACAAAAACCAUUGUGCUGUGUGAAGUGGAGACCAAAACUUAUUUUUGGCACUCUACCCACAAAAUCAAUGCACAAGAUUGCAGGUAGUAUUGUACUUCAUUUAAGUACAACAACAAAUACACCUGGCAAAUGCACUUAUUUCACUUUACAAAAAAAACCACACUCUGUUAUUCGAGAAAAAUUUCUUGGACGCACAAAAUCGUCUGGAGCGUCAACAAUCUCUCUCGGGUUUUUGUUUUUCCUUGUGGUUUAAUUUGAGUCUAGUCGCUCAACUCUGCCUUCCCAUAUAUUGCUCGAAUAGCAAUAAAGGCAAGCAGCAAUAACGCAGCUGCAGUUUCGCGAGUGAACAAAAAAAAAAAUACAAAAUUAAAUACAAAGUGAAGUGAGCGACACCAAAAAUUGGUGAAAAGUGAAGUGAGCGACGGCUAGAUCGUCCAACAGCAAAAUCAGAGCAGCAAAGUCAGAGCAGCAAAGGCGAAGACCCAAAGACCAAGUAGCAAAGCAGCACAGAGAAGCAGAAAACCAAACAGCGAAGAGCGAGAGCAGCUAAGGCCAAGCAACAAAGUGCGAGCGGCAAAGGCAAAGCAGCACAGACAAGCAGCACAGGCCAAGCAGAAAAGUGAAGUGAGCGACAGCAAGAAAGCCAAACAGCGAAGUGAGAGCAGCAAAGGAAGCAGCAAAGGCAGAGCAGCACAGGCCAAGCAGAAGAGUGAAAGCGGCAUAGGCAAGCAGCAUAGGAAAAGCAGCAAAGGCAAGGCAGCACAGCAGCCAUCCCAACAAACAAAAAGGUGUAGUGGUGAAAUCGAAAUGGUUCGAAAAUAACCCAGUGAUAAAAGAGAAAGUGAAUAGUGGAUAUAGUAAAUCAAAUAAGUGCUUGUUAAUUUUUAUCUGUAUUUAUACAUAUUUGGAUUUUAAUAAAGUAAUUAAGCACAAAUCAAUUUUGUUUGUGUACAUACCCAGCAAGCACUUUCAAAUUAAAUUUGGGAUUGAACUAAAUUUGCAAGUGCAAGUACAAGUGCAUUGGGCCGAUUACCCAACAAGCACAUACUAAUUACAUUCGGAAAAAUACUUUCAGAAAUAGUUUACCAAAUUUAUUAAUUUUUUUCGUGCCUUCGAAAAUUCACGUUUUAUAAAUAAACAACGCACUGCCUACCAUCUACUAAUUUAGAGUCUGUCCGUGAUUGGUACUAUAACUUUUGAAUUUUUGCAACAUAUUUGCAAAUAUUUUUUAAAUCUUAAUUUCAAGUUUUAGAUCCGAUUUUGUGCAACAUUUUUGCAGUUACGAUACAAUUUUUUGAAAACAAUGGAAUCAAUCAGAGCCUUUACCACAGCUGCAGACGCUCUACUGGAGUUUGAGGAGUCUUUUACUCCCACAGCAAACAAUCAAAGUGCCUACUCUCUUGAAGUUCAACAAGCUGAACUGAAAUCUCUGUGGGCAGAGGUAAAGUCAGAGUACAAGUUGUGUUUGCCAAAAGUGGAUCCUUCUGACACAAGCUCAAUUGACGACCUCAAACUUAAAUAUACAAGCUGUUACCACGCUUAUGUGUGUUGCGCGGCCUUGAUGGGCGAACACAUGCACAACCUCACGGCGUUCAACCAAAGCCCUACUUCCAACUCGACAGUUAUUCAACCUGAACGGUUACAACAAACUGCAGAACCCGUGAGGUAUUCUAUCAAUUUACCGCCAUGUGAUACGGAAAUAUUUCAUGGCGAUGUUUUACAAUGGCCCUCAUUUAGGGAUUUAUUUGCCGCCAUUUAUGGGAAUAAGCCAAGGCUAUCUCCGGUAGAAAAUUUAUUCCAUCUGAACCAAAAAAACGCGAGGUGAGGCAAAAGAUAUCGUUUCGAAAGCGCCACUGACGAAUGACGGAUUCGCAUUGGCUUGGAACAAUUUGUUGUGUAGGUAUGAAAACAAGCGAGUGCUUGUCAACACGCAAUUAAAUUUACUAUUCAAGCUUCCGCACAUCUCUACAGAAUCUGAGACCGAACUCAGAAAUUUACAGCGGGAGAUUAAUAGCUGCAUUUCAGCUUUACAAAUACAUGGCAUCAAUACAGAUAGCUGGGAUGCCAUAUUCACGUAUUUGUGUUCAAUCCGACUACCGGACUAUACACUGUCGCUUUGGGAACAAUCUCUGGAUUCGGAUUCAGAGAUCCCAAAAUGGGUUGAGUUAGACAAGUUUCUAACCAAACGGGUUAACACGCUUGAGAGAGUAUCAAACCUCAAAGGCGAUUUGGGUACUCAACCCAAGAUCAAGUCGGCUGAUGGUGAAGGUCGGAUACCAACCUUGCAAUCAAGGAAUGGAUCCAAACCCAUCAAUUCCCAUCACGCCAAGACAAACAAUAUUAAAUGUAAACUGUGCUCAUCUCAAUCACACAUUUUGAAAACUUGUCAAAGAUUUAUUGAGAUGCAGCCUAAUGCACGUUUAAAUGCUGUCAGAAAACUCCACGUCUGCUUAAAUUGUUUAUCGGACUCACAUGAAGUCAAAAAUUGUAAAAGUAUGUUCAAUUGCAAUAAAUGUAAACAGAGACAUCACUCUAUGAUUCACCGGGAUCAGAGUGAGGGAAUAGCUCAGACAUCUGACAGCACAGACACUACUGAGAUUUCUACUAAAUCUCAUGUGGCCUCUAUUAAGGCCAAUAUUUCAAAUGUGCCUACCAGUCGAAGCAUGCUCUUAGGUACAGCCAUGGUGACCAUAUGUCACAACGAGAGCACCUUCACUGUCAGAGCCCUGAUUGAUUCGGGAUCUGAAGCCACAUUCGUAAGCAAUAGUCUGCAAAAACGCUUACUUCUGGCAACCAAAACGGUCAGCGCGCGAGUUUCAGGAUUGAAUAAUACCGUAUCAGGACAAGUUCAAUCGGUAUGCUCGAUCACAAUUGGCUCGCCCCGUAACAAAAGUUUAAGACUAGAAGCGGAAGCGUUGGUACUGCCAAAAUUGACUGGACUGCUUCCAUCCAGAUCAAUUAACUCUUCAAUUUUAAAAAGGCUACCUAAUAUCCCCUUAGCGGAUAAUAAUUUCCAUACGAGUCAAAAGGUUGACUUGUUGAUUGGAGCGGAUCUUUACCCUAAAAUCAUUCUAAAUGGGGUAAAAUUGAAAAUCUCUGGAUCCCUCGUAGCACAACGUACAGUGUUUGGUUGGAUUAUAACAGGUUCUGUUCCCUCCGAAGAAACAAAGGUAACUGGCAAAGACCACAAACAAAAUUCAACAAUAAUUCAACAACAAACACAAAACCAUUUUUGUAGAGAAAAUAAUUCUAAUUCUAUAUCUAUACAACAGAAACCACAUCAGCAUCGACAGCAGCAGCAGCAACAACAGGAUCAGACUAACAAUGAUGGCGAAACAAAUUAUGCGCCCGGAUCAUCGAAUCACUCCGAUACACAUGGUGGCGCAUUUCGAGCACCCGGCGUUGGGAUGCAAUCGCACAACGGUGACCACGUAUCUGGCAGUAGUUCGUCACAACAACAGAAUUCGAUGCCACACCUGCAGGCGUUCCACAACGGCCUCCACUCGCAUCUGUUGCGCCGCCAACAACAUGCCACAGCCGCAAUGCAACGAGAAUCCGCCAAAGCAAAAAGGCGAAAGAAUCGUGAUCCCGAUGAGCUCUUCUUGCUCUCACUGUACGAGGAGAUCAAACGUGUGCCCGAAGAGAUACGACUCGAUGUCAAGGGCGAACUCAUACAGGUGCUCCAAAAGUACCAGAAAAACCCACCGGUGAAACUGAAGAAAGCCCAAUCACAAAUGACAAAAUACAAUUAUCACAGCAUGCUCGAAUAACGCACAGUAUGUAUCAGCUGCAAAAGAAAUAUGACGAGGCUACGACGUAUUCGGGCCCCUCUCAACCAUGUCAACCGACGUCAACAGUCAAGCAGCCGCAAAGCUCUGACCAACGAUGCCUCUCCCGCAUACCACACGCCCAAGAUCGAGUCAGACUCGAGUCGUCUCGCCGACUUCGUCGUGCUGGUAACUUCCUUUCGGAUUGGCGGCAUGGCAACGAUCGACUGAGGCUCGAUUCGUCUCAGCGACAUUGUCCGGACUGAGCGGAACUCAAUUCGUUCCGCCGGCCACCCCAUCCGAAGCGAAGGCGUGGACGAGACACUCGUCGUCAAGCCGAUGCGCGCCGUAUCAUCUAGGACAGGCAUGCAACACAAUUCCGCAACUUAAGACAAGCAGAUAACGAAUUUCUCAGGGCAGCGCCAGUCGAAGUAAUCAUAUUGCCCAGGUUACAACCAGCGUCAAUGGGCCAACUCAUCGCCCAAAAUACGACACUGGGGUACAUAAUAUCCGGUGUCGUAUAACAUCGGCACAAUAAAGUGCACUGGCUGCCAACGCCUCUCACAUUCACCACCUACCCAGGAUCGAGUUAGACUCGAGUCGUCUCGCCGACCUCGGAAGGUGGUGACUUCUAUGCAAAUUGGCGGCAUGGAAUGACCGACUGAGAUUCGAUUCAUCUCAGCGGCAUUUCCCGGACCGAACCAGACUCGAUUCGUCUCGUCGGCCACCCCAUCUGCAAAGAAGACGUGGAAGAGGAAGUUCAGAAGCCAGUUAGUUAAGUUAGUUUUAAGUAAUUUAUUGUAAACUGCAUUUGCAGUAAUACUGCAAGGCGGGGAGAAUGUUGACGCCGCCCCCGCCCAAUUCGUUUUGCCACGUCUGUAUCGACAGAGCAAUCUUUUCUUUUCUUCUUUUUCGAAGUUUAAUUCGCGCGCAACUAAACUCUAACUAAAAAGUUGCGCGCUCUCUUCUUUUGCGACAGCCCUGCUCUACAGACGUGGUAAGUGUGGUUUCAAAUUUUUAUAAUUAAACGCUUAUAUUAUAUGAAACUUUUGGUUUUAUUUAUUUAUUUAACAUUUGUGGAAUAAUUGCGCCAACCGUUUCCCCACGGCCAACCACAACUUUGGAACGAACGAGCACCGUGCUCCACCACCCGAAUUAUCAGACUUUCUUUAUAGUUAAUACGACCGUUCACAUCUGUGGUUUAUUAAGAACUAACAAAAUGGAUUACAAGAAUCUUAAACGUAUCCGAAAAACUUUGUUGUUGUAAGGGGAAAACUUUGACCAUUCGUGGUUGUCAGAUUUUCAACAUUAUAUAUUCUUAAAGAUGAGAACAAUAUGAGCAAAUACAUGAAAAAUUAAGGUUUUAUUUAUGCCUCUUUUUAACUGUGGUAAGUUAUUAAAUGUUCACCACAGAAAAAUAUUGCGAACAAAUAAGCAACCAUGCCGAAUAGUGGGGUCCAGAUUAUGCUCAUUCACAGCCAUAUUUAUAUUUUUGCCAUCGUAACGGAGGCUUUUGCAAGACAUUUUGUUUGAGUUUAUUUCAUGGCACAAUCCUUUACGAUGGUUUAUUUAGUUAUCUGGAAGAAGUAUGUGCAAAUUUCCCUUGGGACUAUAAAUAACAGAUCGGCUGGGAUUUUAAUCCAAUAAAAGUACGAAAUAACUAAACAUGGCCUCGUUAAUAUUGCUGCGUAAUGGGUCAGGUGCUGCUCCAAUUUUAUGAUUUAAGACAUGAAAAAGCGAUACGCGAUGCUGUGAAGUACUCAAAUGUAGUUAUCAAUUUAGUUGGUUGUGUAUUCGAGACAAAAUUUUAAAUUCAAUGACUCGUGGAAGGUGCACGUCGCAUUGCUAGGUAAGUUAAAAUUUAACUUUAUUUCAAAAGAUUCACCAUGUAUUUUUUUAUUUUUUUUUAUAGAAUCAGCAAAGAAGCUGGUGUAGAACGUUUGAUUAUUUGUGCUUGAAGGUGGAAGCAACUUUUUGAAAAGCAAAUACUACGGUGACCACAUUCGGAUGUUGCACAAGCUAUUGUCAAUUGCGCUAAGGAACCCGAUACUGCUGGUCAAGUUUAUCAAGCUGUUGGACCAAAGCGUUACCGGUUGAGCGAACUAAUUGACUGGUUCCAUCGUGUUAUGCGCAAAGACGAAAAAUGGUGGGGACACCGUCGUUAAGACAUGUGUGGCGAUCCUACCUUCCUAUUGAAAGCCAAGUUCACUGAGCUUAUCUGUCCUUUACAACCUAUUGGUGAGCUACAUAUGGAACGUAUCGAUCGCGAAUGUAUUACCGCUGUCGUUUGAAUGUACAAUUGACCUCCAUGGAAGAAUACCAUGGAAAUUUCGACCAUAUCGUGCUGCGCAAUAUUAUGAUGCCGAAUUGGGAGAGUGGAAGGAACCAUCUCCACCAAAACCGUUAGAAUAUCGGGAAGAACUACGUAUGUUUGCAUAAAACUACUAUAAUGGCAACAACGUUAACAACAACAGCUAAGCAAAUAAUAAACAACACUCACCAAAUGAUAAUUGGGGGCGUUGGUGGCCAAGCAGCGAUUUAAAAAGACACAUUUGCAUCUACGCGAAUUACAAUUCGUCUUUACAUCUAGUGAACUAUGAUCGAUUAUGAACGAUGUGGAAAUUGAUAAUUAAACUUUAAAAAAUAAAUAAAUGUAAUUUGGUUAAUAAUGAACCGCUAUUAAAAAUUAAGGAAUUUGAGUUGUGUUUUUAUUUGGACCAAACAAGUCAUCGAUUAUCGAUCAAACGGAAUAUAUUUCGAACAAUCAUUAGGGGUAUACGCUUGCUCUUGCAAAAUCCUUGCACGGUGCAAUAAUUGCAUAUAUUUUCUCUUGGUGCACCGGCACAACAACA